AUGCCCUGUACAUAGCAUAGACACUCGAAGAACCGUGAAUCACAGGGCAAAAACACAUACAAAUACCGUGGAUCGCCGGCUGCGCCUCGAACCCGCCAAGCGCUCUGGAGUCGGGACCCUCUGGUGGCGCGUGACUUGCCACGGCUCUGCGACGAUGACGAGGGCAACUGGCUGUUUUCUUAGUAUUUUCUCUUUUUUGAUUCCUCCAUAGAAUUGGAUUAUUGAAGCAAUUCAACCACUCUCGUUUGCUGUAUAGUUGAUCUCCAACCGUCUUCCUCGACGAACUCUUCCUGCAUUUGUCCCACGGUCUUCGGCAUUCCGUCCGCUCUUAGCCACAAUUGUCGCAUCUUCUGAUCGCGAGGCUCGACGACAGCACGGCGGACGCGCAUAAAUAAAACCAUAACAGCGGUCUGGUGUGAGUGUUGGAUGCUUGGUGCACCAUGGGCAAAUCACAAUCCAAGCUCUCUCCUUCCCAGCUCGAUGAGCUUCAGAAGGCGACUCAUUUCGACAAAAAGGAACUGCAACAAUGGUAUAAAGGAUUCCUCAAGGAUUGUCCCUCGGGGACCCUGACCAAGGAGGAGUUUCAAAAGAUCUAUCGCCAGUUCUUCCCGUUCGGUGACCCGUCGUCGUUUGCGAAUUAUGUCUUCCGGGUGUUCGACGCAGAUAACAGUGGUAUGAUCGAUUUCAAGGAGUUCAUCUGUGCGCUGUCGGUUACUUCGCGGGGUCGUAUGGAGGAUAAGCUGGACUGGGCAUUCCAGCUCUACGAUAUCGAUGGAGACGGCAAGAUUACCUACGAAGAGAUGCUGGCAAUUGUCGAGGCGAUCUACAAGAUGGUCGGCUCGAUGGUCAAACUCCCCGAGGACGAGGACACACCAGAGAAGCGGGUACGCAAAAUCUUCCGCAUGAUGGACAAGGACGAGAACGGCAGUCUGGACAUGGAAGAGUUCAAGGAGGGCAGCAAACGGGACGAGACCAUUGUCAGUGCGCUGUCGUUGUACGACGGACUGGUAUAGCGGUUCCGUCCUCUGUUCCAUUAUGGCCGUCACGAUAAUCCUUCCUGUUCUUGUGUGACCCCUGGCGAAUCCGGCGCAAUAUGCGGUUUGUUUCUUUUGCUCUUUCUCCAUUUGCUCUUCUAGCCUCUUAUGUCGCCCUUGAAUAUUUCCCGUCUAUAACCCUCUCUAUUCUGGAUUACUCUCUCUGUGACGCCCGAUCAUGUCUUGUCUGUUGUCCGUUUUUAUGUGUAUAUGCAUUAUGGGAGGUGGACUUGGCCGCGAUGACCUUUGCUGAGUAGAUAGGGUUACUUUCCUGUACAGUGCUGCCCCCGGGCUCCAUGUAUGUUUAGCGUAUGAAAUGACAUAGUCCUUUUCACUUCUCC